CUGGGGAGGGCGGGGCGCCCCGGAGUCUUAAAGGUCUCUCCAGGCCCGCACCCCUGCCUCGCCUCACCGCCGCCGCUCCUCGCCAUGGCAGAGAGUGCCAAGCUCCAGCUGUUUGUCAAGGCGAGCGAAGACGGCGAGAGCGUGGGACACUGCCCUUCUUGUCAGCGUCUCUUCAUACUCCUACUCCUCAAGGGCGUGCCCUUCACCCUCACCACGGUGGACACUCGCAGGUCCCUGGAUGUGCUGAAGGACUUUGCUCCUGGCUCUCAGCUGCCCAUCCUUCUCUAUGACGGCGAGGCCAAAACGGACACACUGCAGAUCGAGGAGUUUCUGGAGGAGACGCUGGGGCCCCCCGAAUUCCCCAGCCUGGCGCCCCGCUACAGGGAGUCCAGCACCGCGGGCAACGACGUCUUUCACAGGUUCUCCGCAUUCAUCAAGAACCCGGUGCCCACGCAGGACAGUGCCCUCUACCAGCUGCUGCUGCGCGCCCUUACCAGGCUGGACAGCUACCUGCGCGCGCCCCUGGAGCACGAGCUGGCGCGGGAACCGCAGCUCCGCGAGUCGAGCCGCCGCUUCCUGGAUGGCGACCAGCUCACGCUGGCUGACUGCAGCCUGCUGCCCAAGCUGCACAUCGUGGACACGGUGUGCACACACUUCCGCCAAGCGCCCAUCCCGGCCGAGCUGCGCGGCGUCCGCCGCUACCUGGACAGCGCGCUGCAGGUGAAGGAGUUCAAGUACACGUGUCCACCCAGUGCCGAGAUCCUAGCGGCCUACCAGACGGUCGUGCGUCCCCGCUAG